AUGUUCAUCAAGAAUGACUACAGAGGUGACAGAACCCGUCUAGAAGACUGGAGAAUCAAAGGUUACGAUCCAUUGACUCCUCCUGAUCUUCUUCAGCAUGAAUACCCAAUCAGUGAGAAAGGUGCUGCCAACAUACUGAAAGCUAGAGAUUCUGUGUGUGACAUCUUGAAUGGUAAGGAUGACCGUAUGGUUAUUGUCAUUGGUCCAUGCUCCAUUCAUGACCCAAAGGCAGCUUACGAAUACGCCGAUAAGCUAGCAGUAAUCGCUGAGAAGCUAUCCGAUGAUCUACUUAUUAUCAUGAGAGCGUACUUAGAGAAGCCAAGAACCACCGUUGGAUGGAAGGGUCUGAUAAAUGACCCAGAUAUUGAUAACUCUUUCCAAAUCAACAAAGGUUUAAGAAUCUCAAGAGAAAUGUUCACAAAGCUGAUCGAAAAGCUUCCUAUUGCCGGUGAAAUGUUAGACACUAUCUCCCCACAAUUCUUGAGUGACUGUUUCUCUCUAGGUGCCAUUGGUGCCAGAACAACUGAAUCCCAACUGCAUAGAGAACUAGCUUCAGGUCUAUCUUUCCCAAUUGGUUUCAAGAAUGGUACCGAUGGUGGCCUACAAGUUGCCAUCGAUGCUAUGAGAGCUGCAUCUCACGAACAUUACUUCCUUUCUGUCACAAAGCCUGGUGUCACCGCUAUUGUUGGUACUGAAGGUAACUCCGACACUUUUAUCAUUUUAAGAGGUGGUAAGCAUGGUACCAACUACGAUGCUGAAAAUGUGAAGUCCACCAAAGAACAACUAAGGAAAGCAAAAUUGAUUGAUGAAGCUGACAGUACCAGAAGAAUAAUGAUUGACUGUUCUCACGGUAACAGUAAUAAGGACUACAGAAAUCAACCAAAGGUCGCUCAAGAGAUCUACAACCAACUGAGUGCUGGUGAAAACGGUUUGUGUGGUGUUAUGAUCGAAUCUAACCUAGUGGAAGGCAGACAAGAUGUUCCUCCAGAAGGUGGUCGUGAGGGUCUAAAAUAUGGUUGCUCUAUCACUGAUGCUUGUAUUGGCUGGGAUACUACCGAAAGCGUUUUGGAACUUCUAGCCGAAGGUGUUAGAAACAGAAGAAAGCAUUUAUCCAAGUAA